CUCUCACGUUAGAAUUUUGAGUAGUCUACAAAAUUACUCCCUAACUUGGGAUCAUAGUUGUUUUCUCCAACCAAAAGUGCUGAAGUUUGCCCGUAAAUUGACGCGUUUUAGUGAUUUAUUGAGUCCGUUAAAAGAGUCGUUCGAACAGCCCGCCUCGUUCACGACGUGCUCGCCGCCCGCUGGCUGAGUCCUUUUCACAAGCGACACGAGACCAGACACCGACAGGCUUGUCUCUCCUCGUUCGUGUUGUGUCGUGUGACUCGUGUGGACGUUUGUGUCUGCUUUCGGGGGGUUCACCAUGGACAAGAUGCCCCGAGUGCACGCGGGCGGACUCAACGCAACUUUCGUGCCCUCCGCCGCGCACGGAGUCCUCAAGUCGUUGCUGGAGAACCCCGUCAAGCUCCCCGGCAGGCACCAUGACGGUUUUGUCAAGGAUCUGGACAAGGAGAAGAAACUGGAAGAAGAGUGCAGCGCCCCCCAGUCUGCCUUUCUGGGGCCAACGCUGUGGGACAAGACACUGCCGUAUGAUGGCGACAACUUCCAGCUGGAGUACAUGGACCUGGAAGAGUUCCUGUGUGAGAACGGCAUCCCGGCUAGCCCUGCCCAGCAUCCACCACCCCCACCUCAGCCCAUCAGGGCACCGCUUCCACCAGUGCCAGUGCCACCCUCGGUGAUGGACCUCAGCAGCCAUGCCUCAGCGUCUGUUCACAAUGUGCCACCUGGUUUUCCUCUAAGAAACCCCAACAGGCCAGGCCUUCUAAACUUCAGAAACACCCCGAGCCCGAUUGACCCCGACUCCAUCCAGGUUCCAGUAGGAUACGAGCCAGAUCCGGCCGACUUGGCGCUGUCGAGCGUUCCAGGCCAGGAAAUGUUCGACCCGCGCAAACGCAAGUUCUCGGACGAGGAACUGAAACCUCAACCUAUGAUCAAAAAGGCUCGCAAGGUUUUCAUCCCUGAAGACCUGAAGCAGGAUGACAAAUACUGGGCCCGGCGCAGGAAGAAUAACAUGGCUGCCAAGCGCUCGCGCGACGCCCGGCGCCUGAAGGAAAACCAGAUCGCCAUCCGGGCUGGCUUCCUGGAGAAAGAGAACUUGGCGCUCAGGCAGGAAGUAGGCGAGCUGCGCAAAGAGCUCGGACGCACCAAGACCAUCCUGGCUAAGUAUGAAGCCCAACAUGGACGUCUGUGAGGGCAUAAAAAUACAUACAUGCACACACAGACUCACAUAAUUCCACUUUGCAGUCCUAAUGGCUCGACUCACUUGUUAUUUCAAUUUUCUAAAUUUAAUAGUUCAGCUACCUUUAAGUAUUACCGUAAUUUUUGAAUUAUAAGGCGCACCUGACUAUAGGCCGCCACCCACCAAAUUUGAGGCGAAAAUGGCAUGUUUCAUAGAUAGGCCGCACUGGACUAUAAAACGCAGCUGUCCUCACUGUGUUACGUGAUAUUUACACCAAAUUUAUUAACCAAUAAUAACCAAUAGCACCAUAACACCAAAUGAACCGAUUGGCUGCAAAGCUUCAUUGCUUCAAGAAGCUUCAUUUGGCCAUCACUGCUCCCUUGGGGGAGACAGUCAAUCUCUACUGCCACCUGCUGUCAACACUCUUGCUGUCCAACAUGCUUCCUAGCAUGCAUUGUAGCACUACAAUUGUAAAUAUAUCAACCAAAAUUCAUGUUGUGUGCUAAUUAUUUCUUCAGUUACUCUUCCAGUUGUUUCAUAAUUGCUAGUUAAGGUAUAUGGUAACACUUUUUUUGACAGUGGCGCCAUAAGACUGUCAUAAGGCCAUCAUAAUUAUGACAUGACACUGCCAUGAGCAAUGAUUUCGUGUCAUUCGGCUCACCUUUGAAUGGAUGCAGAGUUGGACAUACACGGAGUUUGCCGGAUGACACUUUCAUUCAUUAAUGCUCAAUGAUAGUAUCAUGUCAUAAUUAUGACGGUCUUAUGGCAGUGUUAUGACGCCGCUGUCAAAGUGUUGCCUAUUAACCCAAAUAAAUCAACAAAUAAGCCACACUGGAUUCAAAAUGAGGGAAAAAAAGUAGCGUCUUAUAGUCCGAAAAUUACGGUACUCUUUCAACGGAAUGCAUUUUAGCUAACGUUUUGUGGUCUGUGCAACAUUGGGUCUAACAAGUCCACAAUUAAUCUGCCAUGAGAUUUAAUGACGCUUUCUUAAAAUUUCCCCUGAAAGUAAAUAGUAGUUACUUAAUAAAGAAAGAGUGGCAGUGAAACAAUAGGAUCACUGUUGUCUCCAAAAAUAUGACAAACAUUAUACCAUAGACUUCAUAAUACAUUGACGGGGCACGGGGCCGAUUCAUAGGGGGUCUAUCUCCGUCAAAGCUGACCAAGUGGGAACACAGACGGAGCUUUUUCUGUGGAAAAUUCUUGUGAAUAAAUGCUCAAAUCCCCGAAUUCUUUAUUGAUAUGAACGUCAAACAGUUUUGAUUCUUUGUUAAAAGAGAAAAAAAAAACGGGAGUUACGCAUUUAUUUUAUGUAAAUAUGUCACAGAAGGAUGCUAGUCUGUUAGCCAUUGUGGCAGCCCCCUAAUCACAACAAAGAGCUUUUUCCGUUGAAAAUUCUUGUGAAUAAAUGCUUAAAUCCCCAAAUUCAUUAUGGAUAUGAACGUAAAACAGUCUCGAUUCUCUGUUAAAAGAGCAAAAAAACGGGCAGUUAUGCAUUUAUUUUAUGUAAAUAUGUCAAAGAAUGAUGCUAGUCUGUUAGCCAUUGUGGCAGCCCCCUGAUCACAACAAAGGAGUUUUUCUGUUGAAAAUUCUUGUGAAUAAAUGCUUAAAUCCCUGAAUUCUUUAUAGAUAUGAACGUAAAACAGGAUUCUUUGUUAAAAGAGCAAAAAACUGGGCAGUUACGCAUUUAUUUUAUGUAAAUAUGUCGAAGAAUGACACCAAUGCCGUACCGGUUAAUUUCUACCAUUGAAUUUUUUUUUUGGUCACGUUUCAAAAUGCAUUCAUGGUACGAGAAAUAUAAUAAUUACCUCGAAUCCUCGAACAAAUCACCCCUGAGACAAUCCUUCCUGUUUGUAUGCGGUACAGCUUUCGUACUUGUUAAAUCCGACGUGUUUAAAUCCUGCAUGUGUUGACUAUGCGACCGACUGCGAAUAACUGAAGCGGACUGCAGGGCGGCCCCCUACUUAAAGGCGUUGCGCAGUGUAGGUGGAAUCUGACCUGUCAAUCGUUAUGAAGUCUAUGACUAUACUUAACAAUAUGUGCGUGUUUUGUCCAAAUAGUGACAUACAGUUUAAGUUGACAUUAUAUUAUAAACUGAAAUUUUAAUUUAACACUAUUGUGUUUUUACAAAGUAUAUGUCUGGUAGAGGAAAAAACUGAGGUCGGUCUUUGAUUCCACACCAAGCUUCUCAGGCUUAUCCUUUUUUUUUUCAUUUUGAAAAUUGUGGUCCAAAUCGGAUUUGACCUAGAUCGGAUUUGAAAUUGCUUCGCUCGCGUCGGAAAAAAUGAAAAAACAGAUUUGUGCAACAAGACCAGCGGUAUCAACCGAGCCUAAGUCAGGGGCUCUCUGAGAAGGUUCUCACAACUUCAGAAACACGGGCCUAGGACUUCUAGAAAAAUGUUUUAUCAAUUAACAUGGAUCAGGUAUGUCUGUAAUGACAUCACACACCAAAGUGUCUGAAGCACGGAAGCCUAAAAUUUAACGGCAAGUAAGCCAUUUUGAUUAGCGAUUUAAAGUGAGUCGAGCCAAUGAGGGUCCAAAUUGUCUUUGCCACACCUCCGUUCCCAGCAUGCACCAGUGCACUUGACACAUGUACACUUCUAGUACGUGCAUAUAUAUGUAUGAAUAUAUACUGUAUAUGUAUGUACUUAAUGUGCGUGCACUUUGCUGCCUUCUGAAGUCCAUUUUUUGUCUUUUACUAUCUUUUCAGCAGUAUUUUUUUACCACAAAGUGGUGUAUGUGUAUAUAAAUUAUAUAUAUUUGGGGUUGGAUAUGUUUUAAAAAAAAAUUUGCAUUUGAAUUGUAUGACAUCGUUUGUCAUAAAAAGCCGCAUUAAUCACAUAUACAGAUGUAAAUAUUGUUAGCUCUGGAAAAAUCCCACCCCUAAUAUAUAGAUAUAUAUAGACAGUGCCCAAAAUGCCAAAAUAAAGGAGAUUUAAAUCCAUAAAUCUCUUAUUUUUGUAAGAUUGCAGACUUUGUUUUACAGAAAAAAAUUGAAAAAAAAAAAAGCCAAAGUCUGCUUUGACAGCAUUGUCGAAAUCCUUCCGGCAGGACAAAAUUAACCCAAAGAGCAAAUAUUAUAUACAAAUUUAUAAAUAACAAAAUAAAAAUAAAUUUAUAUACAUAUUUGAUAUAUUUUAUUAAUAAAUGCAUAAUUCAAAUAAAUAAUUUAUACAUAAUAAGGAAAUGUUUUGUUAAAAUAACAUUUUAGACUUUUUUUUUUUUGUUUUUUUUGCCUUGAAUAAAAAGUCACAUUUCAGUGCCAUUGACAGUGGCAGACGUCCAAUCCAUUCAAAGUCUAAAUGGACUGGACAUCUAUCGCCGUCAAUGGCAGCCAGUGAGUUAAAAAAAUUGUCACAAUUCCAUCCACAAACAUGUUGAACUCUUUCAUCGUUCAAAUGUUUGGUCUCACUAAAUCACUUUUUUAUUGUCCACUGGACACCAUUUUGUGUUUUUGUAAUGUUUGAUAUAACAAAACCACAAAAGCUCUCUUCAACACUGAAUUAUUAUUAGUGCAAUAAUAUGAAAACAAACAUGUGUAACUUUGAUUUGUGCAUAGUUCAGCGCUGACAUGAAUGUAUACUGUAUGGGUUUGCGCGCGUGCGUGAAUGUGGUAAAAACUUGAGUACUAUAGAGCAAAACCUUCUCAGUUAAGAUGUUGGAAUAAUUUGUUUUUUUUUGUACAGACAUGGGUAUUUUGGUGUAUUUUGGGGGGGUUGGUUACACAACUUGAAGCACUACAGAAUUGCAAUCAAUCAAAUGACAGUUUCAUAAUAUGGGCAUUAAUGAUUAUUUCCUUCCUAUAGUAGGAAAUGCAUUAAAAAAAAGUACAAAUUCAAUAAACGAGAGCACCUAUUUCCUCUCCAUACUGAAUGAACUUUCUAUCAAUGUAUAAAUACUUUAUUGGCUGUACUUGGCCUCUUGUGAAUGUAAACACUCAACAUUAAGCACAUGUUUUGUUUUUUCAUUAUGAUGUAAUUUAUGUUUCUCUUCGAUCUGAUGUUUCUACGCUUAUUUCCUUUAUUUAUCCUGUUUGUUCCCAUGAACAUAAAUAAAAAAAACAAAAUCAA